CUCUCUAUCUCUCCACCUCUUUGUCUCUCACACCUCUCUCCUCUCUUCAUUCCCACCCAGCCCACAGCAUAACCGCUCUAAAAUACAGCAAAUGAAAACAAUUCAAACCAUUUACCCCACACGGGAAUCGUUUUAUCUUUUGAAGUGUGUUUUAUGCAUAGAGCCGUCUAAAGUUGAUGGGUUGAAGUGAGAAGAUGACUUGCUUCAGGACAGUGAUCGUGAUACUUGGUUUAUACACCUGCUUUCAGGAAACAUGUGGUUCUGUUCUGGGCCGGCCGCGUCUGGUUGGUCCGUUGGAUGCCCUGGUUCGCACUGUAGAAGACUUCCAUUGUAGCAUUCAGAAUAACCCUGUAAACGAGUCCAUCCUCUACCAGAUAUUCAGAGACGAGAACCGGUCCAAGGUCUUGGGGUUCUACAGUGCUCUCUCGGGACAGGUGGCCGUAAUCCCGCUGUACAUCAUUCCUUCCUACGAGGGGUACCUGGUGUGUGUGGCCAGCAUCCAGAACAACACAGAUGUGCAGCCCAGCGUCAGCCCCAGACAUCACCUCAGAGUGGUCGUCCCGGUGGAUGGAGCAGAGGUGGUGGUCAAGACGGGGUCCGCGGAGAUCCUGGAAGGCCAGACACUGUCCCUGCUCUGCAGGAUCUCCAAAGGGAACUACGUGUCUUACCAUUGGCUGGUGGACAGGAAGCGCCUCCCCCAGCCUUCUCCGUACCACCACCGGAACGAGGAGCUCAUUAUCCACAGGGCUGUGCCCCAGGACAGCGGAGCCUACAGCUGUGUCGCCACCAACCAGCUCAACGCCACCCAGACCUACAUCUCCCAGAGCAAACCCCGGAAUAUCAUGGUCAAAGUUGAUUUAAGGACCCCACCCUCUCCGUCCUCUCCUCUCUCAGAGCUUGUGUCGGAACCAGAGCUCUCCUUCACAAUGAUGAGGGAAGGGACCUACUUCGCUCUCGUCAAGUGUGAAUCCCUCAAGGGAACCCCGCCCAUCACCUUUUCCCUCUACAACGGGACAGAGCUAGUCGACAACGAGACCGUCGAUGUGCGGCAAUUCAGCUUUCCCAUUACAGUGGACCUGGAACGUCACAUGGGCUGGCUUCAGUGUCAGGCUGAGAACGGAGACAGGGUGGUCCACAGCAAAUGGGUUCCUAUGCACGUCGUUCCAGUAGGGGGCGCAGUGUGGAUGCACUUUGACACCAGCGUGGGAGAGAACUUCUCCAUUGUGGGUCUGAGGUUCUAUUGUUCGGUGGAGAGGGGAACCUCUCCGCGGUACCGCUGGUUCCUCAAUGGAACUGCCCUAGAGGACAGAGGGGACUUCUACUGGGUGGAGCCCCAGCCAAAGCAGUCCAUUCUGCUGCUCUCUGUGGGGAGGGAAAGCAGCGGAACGUACCAUUGUGAGGUGUCGAACAGCUUUGAUAACCAAACAGGGAUCCGCAGUGAGAAGAAGUACAUUGACAAAGAAGUGCUGAACCAGCUCCCUUUGACCGUUAAGGCUGUUGUCUUUGGCUGUUUCCUGUUUUUGGUAUCCUUGGUGACCACCUGUUGUUUCAUUGGAUGCUUCUACCGUAACAAUCAGUGUCAUGUUGAAAAGUCUAUGUUGGAUCUCAGGCUUGGUCUGGAGAUGCACAAAAUAAUGGCGGCUGAUAAUAAUGACCAUGACGCCAUCCUCCUGGGUCACCCAUGCUUUAUGGUGGCAGAGUAUGACAACAAAGUGGAUGAAAAGGAGUACAUGGAGGGUGAGGAACUGGUGAGAGCUGACAAAGACACUUAUUCAGAUCAGGGGGAAUCAGACUCGAUUGAUGAGUGGCCAGAGAUACAGCAGGAACUGAAGAAGACCUUGGAGGACGAAGAUGAUCUGCUUGAUGAGCCCUGAGAGAGAGAGAGAGAGAGAGAGAGAGAGAGAGAGAGAGAGAGAGAGAGA